UCAGUGACACACAGCUUCCUUCUCAAGCGUUCUCAAACUGUGGUGACUUCACUUCCCAAAUUUAGAGGAGAAAAAAAAACUCAAUCCGGCGAAAAAAAAGUCUUUCUCUGCGCCACAUACCGGGGGACUGGGAUUAACUCAGGAGCGUGUCAUGUUCGGGAUAUGGUCGGGGUCCGAUGAAAAGUGCGCAAAAUGGACGGAACUAUUAAGGAGGCGCUAUCAGUGGUGAGUGAAGACCAGUCCUUAUUUGAGCCUCCAUACGCUGCUGCUGCCCCUCUCCCCAAAGCAGAAAUGACUGCAUCUGGCACACAGGACUAUGGCCAGACCCACAAAAUCAACCCUCUUCCCCCCCAGCAGGAGUGGAUCAACCAGCCUGUUCGGGUCAAUGUCAAGAGAGAAUACGAGCACAUGAACGGAUCCAGCAGGGAGUCUCCUGUGGACUGCAGUGUGGGCAAAUGUAAUAAGCUUGUGGGGGGCAAUGACACAUCUCAGAUGACCUAUGGAAACUACAUGGAUGAGAAGAGCGCCCCGCCCCCCAACAUGACCACCAAUGAGCGAAGAGUCAUCGUACCUGCAGACCCGUCGCUGUGGUCCCAGGACCACGUGCGCCAGUGGCUAGAAUGGGCCAUCAAGGAGUACGGCCUGCUGGAGAUCGACACGUCUUUGUUUCAAAACACGGACGGCAAGGAGCUCUGCAAGAUGAGCAAGGACGACUUCCUCCGGCUCACCUCCAUGUACAACGCAGAAGUGCUUCUCUCUCAUCUCAAUUACCUCAGGGAAAGUAGCUCAUCAUUAUCCUACAACACACCAUCUCACCCAGACCCCUCCCAACGUCUGGCUGCCAAAGAAGAUCCUUCAUAUGAAGCUGUACGGCGGACAGGGUGGUCCAACAACAUGCACAGUGGAAAAGCAGGCUCACCAGUAGUAAACCAGAAUGUGACCAAAUCCACUGAGCAACCCAGAGCUCAACCAGAUCCUUACCAGAUUCUGGGCCCCACCAGCAGUCGCCUUGCCAACCCAGGUUCAGGUCAGAUCCAGCUGUGGCAAUUCCUCCUGGAGCUGUUGUCCGACAGCGCCAACGCAGGCUGUAUCACCUGGGAGGGAACCAAUGGCGAGUUUAAGAUGACGGAUCCAGAUGAGGUGGCGCGGCGUUGGGGCGAGCGUAAGAGCAAGCCCAACAUGAACUAUGACAAGCUGAGCCGUGCACUGCGCUACUACUAUGACAAAAAUAUUAUGACCAAGGUGCAUGGCAAACGCUACGCCUACAAGUUUGAUUUCCACGGCAUUGCACAGGCCCUGCAGCCACACCCUACCGAGUCAUCAAUGUAUAAGUACCCCUCGGACCUGGCGUAUGUGCCUUCCUACCACGCCCAUCAGCAGAAGGUUAACUUUGUUUCCCCACACCCUCCAUCCAUGCCAGUCACCUCCUCCAAUUUUUUUGGACCAACUGCCCAGUACUGGAGCUCACCCACUGCUGGCAUCUACCCCAACCCAAAUGUCCCUGCCAUCCUAAUUACUCAUGUGCCAUCUCAUCUGGGCAGUUACUAUUAAAACAGAGAUCCUUGACCAUUGACCAACCUUGAAAAUGCACCCUUCCCCCCACAAAAUCCACAAUUGCUGACAUGCACUCCUAAUAACAUCAAAGACUGAAUUAAAAGAGGCAUUAUUACUCUAAAGGAAUUUUUGCCUGAAUGAAGGAUUAUUAAAUUUAAUUUUUGUGUAAAUUUCUAUAAACAACUGGAUACUAUGGUCCAAAAUGGAAUACUACUUAAUUUUGCAAGACUAGUAACUCUUUGUUUUAUGGAUGCACAUCUAAGUUUCCUGUGCCUUUCUCUGCCAAGCUCCACAAAGCUAGUAAGCAUCCCUUCUAUACCAAAGCUUAAAGAGAACCUGAGUCUGCUUGCCUUCUGGCCAUGCUACAGUACCAGACAUGGACCUAUUAAUCAUGGGUCUCAAUCUACAUCUUCCUCAGUACAUUAUGCUUGAACGCGUCUGGCUUUGUCGCUUGUCCACCACGUUGUUGGGGUUUCUUCCACUGUCUCUGUCUACUUGUCUGCAUCUUUUUUAUAUUUGUGUGGAGAGUCCUCUGAAUUUUGUUGGACAAGGAAGACGUUUUGUGAAAUGGACUUUUCUUAGCACUGAAAAAAAAAAUGGCGACUGGAAUUUGCCGCUUGAGAUGCCAUUUAAUUUAUCCUCCAAACUGGAAGGGCUGCAGAAGUGUAAGACGCCGUAGAAUGAAGCGCUGUAAGUUUUGCUGACCUGUAUCAACUCAGUUGCUUGGAAGUGUGUUCAGCGUAUUUUGCAUGGAUCCAAAGGAGUCGACGGGUGACGUGUGCAGUUGUUACAGCCAUGUCAAGGAAUAAUUGCCACAAGUUGCAGGAGUAAUUCCACCCAGGUCUAAGGUUUUCAGUGGACCACACAUGGAGUUGUUAGGUGUUUGAUGUGUUUUUGUCUCUCAGCCAUGUCAUUUCCAGAUCUUUCAUUGCUCAAACCAUAUCAGUAUUAAUGUGAAUGUCUUAUAAUUUGUGAAAAGAAAUGUAACAAAUUGUCUUUUUCCGAAAUAUGUCGGAAGAGUUUUUUUUGUAAAAACAACUCGUGUUCACCUAAAUUCCACCAUCUAAAACACAAAAAAUUCUCUCGAGUAUGUGAUUGUGUUAUUGUCUACCAUUGUUUCCCCAUAUGGUGCUUAGCUACCCAAAGACCAUUAAUGUUCACCUAGUUUUGCUAGCUACUCAAAAUCAAAGCCCUAACACUUAUUGAGUUAGUGCAAGGAUUUACCUGCUGAUUUGUUUCAUAUCUUCUCCCUCGAUUAUGGAUGACACCAUACUCAUUCUUCAUUCUCUUUCAAGGAACACAAAUUUGGGUUUUAGCUGCCAUGCUGUGCUCUAGUUUUAGGCCAGUCAGGACCAAACAAGUCAUUACACAUAAGUGACUUAGUAUAAAGUCAUGUUUGUAGACAAUCGUGUUAUAUUUUCACUAGGGCUGGAUCAUGGGCAACAUGUUUCUUUGAAUCGUAUUCACCACUGAUCUCAAUGCCCAGUAAAGUGCAAAUGAAAAUAUUUGUAAUCAAGUCAUAGCAGUAUAUCAAAAUACCCAUCUACAGGUGUUCACAGCUGUUGAUAGCCAAAGUAUUUCUAUGGAAAAUGGACACUUGAAAAUAAACUGCUUGCAGUUGAGUAGUUUUUAUAAAGAACAAAACCAAUGAAGUAUGACAUGAAACAAAGAAAUCCUCAGAUUCGCAAACGCUGUGCGUUUGUCAGACCUAUGUUUUAUUAUUUUAUAAACAACAGUCAACUAAGCAUUAGAGCAACUUACUGUAUAAAUUAUGCAGAGUUAUUUUCAUAUGUGACACAAUAUAAGAAAGUCAAGAGAAUUAAUACGAGUUGACCUCGGUCAAAAAUGCAAAACGUAUAAGUCCAUUUCUGAUGAGUAGUUUGUUAAGCAUUUGAAGUGUUUUUAUAUCUGUACAUUUGGGCAAUACACUUUAACAUUUUUGUUUUCUCAUUGCUGUUUUUUUAAACCAGUUGUAAAAUUCUAUGUGCCUUUAAGUGUAAAAUAUAUAUCUGUAUGUUUUUGUAUUCCCAAAGCCACAAAUGCCUGAUUUCUUUAAAUCGUAUGGAACACGUGAUGAGGAUGAAUCUGUCCAGCUGUCACACACUUUUCACGGCUAAAACUCAGAGUCAGCCCAGUGCUUUAAAAAUGUUCAGGAAUUUUAUAUUCAGUAAUGCAGUAUUAAUAUUUACAUCCAGCUUAGGUUGCAAAUGUAUUGCUUAAAAAGAACAAAUUAAAGGGGACAUGUCAAUUGUGACAUUUAGAGUUAUUCCAAUGUACCCACAACAUUCAUGUUUCAAAAGCAUUAUCAAUGAAAAGGGAUCUGUGCUACUUCAUAUAGGCAAUGUAUUUUGGAUAUCAAAUGUGUUAUAUUUGUGUAUAACCAAUUAAGCAGUGUAUUAUUAUUAUUAUUAUCAUUAUUUUAUUUCCUGCAUUGUAUGAAGUAAAACAUUUUGGAAAAUGGCUUUUGUAAAGGAAAAUGUGACAAAAUAAAUGUUUUUACCUCUUCA